UUAAGCAGGACAGCAGCGGGUAAGGUUCGUUAGUGUAACCGUCCGUACGUGGCGUAUGAUUUUAAGUGCCAACAUCAAUGCGCGUACUUAUGCGGAAUAGCCGUUAUCAGAGAGUUAAUGUUAAAGGUCACGCUAAUACGAAAAUAUGUGAAACAAUCCAUCGUAGCACUACAGAGUUGAACGAAUUUGCGAUGCAUCGAUCGUGCAUUCGUGUCUGUCCGUGAGCUUUGUGCUGUGAUCAGCCAAUAUAUUACCGCCUAGUGGUGGCAUAAUGCUAGUGAUAACAGUGAUGCUGUGGUGCGUAGCAAGUUCUACGUCAGCAAAGGAAGUUGUCUCUUUUUAUGGCAGUAAGCGAACGAUGAUAUCACCUAGUGUUUUCAAAACAGACAGCGUGAUUGAUCUACAAUCAAAUAUCACAUCAUAUAGUGUCGGGUGCAUGCUUGAGGCUACAAAAAGCGGCGUCGAUAGCCGGUUUCUUGCCUUCUAUCAAAAUAACACGAAAGUUGACUCUCAGAUUGUAAAUGAUACUACAAUAGAAUUGAAGGUGGACCUGCUGCAUAAUAACGAAUCUACGAUAUGUGGUGUAAAAACUUACCUAUGCAGGCUUAAUCAAACGCGGGAGGUUCAUAGCACAACGAUUUUCAUCGGCGAACCUCCGCAACCGAUAGAUCUUGCUGACUUCCGUUGUAUAUCCGAGAAUCGCGAAUAUCUGGUAUGUGAUUGGCCGCGGAAUGACUACUGUAAUCUCCAUACGUGGUACCAAUUGGUAAUGAUUAGACAUCACAUGCCUAGCAGCUGUGAGCUGGUGGAGCUCCCGGCUGGGCGAAUCCAAUUCGACAGCCGAUCGGAAACUUGUUCCUAUUCUGCCACACAAAGGAGCAUUACCUUCGAGUUGGAAUCGCGCAACUUUAUUGGUAAUACUACGAUAGAGUAUCAUUUUGAUCACUACGACUUGGUGAGGCCGGCUGCUCCAAAGUUUCUGGAAAUCUCAAAUGUUACCACUACCAGUUUUGAUGUUACAUGGAGCCUGAGCACGAAAUUGUUAAAUUUGGACCGACAGCUGGAAUUUCAGUUUUUGUUAGUUUCCGAGUAUGGAGUUGAAGAGAGUGCUUUCACCAAUUUGUCGUUCAGAAGAGAUGAAAGAUUGAGCCAUUCCUUACAAGGUUUAACACCAUACACCCACUAUAAGCUGUCGAUACGGCUUCGAGUAGUUCCAAACCAACCAAGGCCUUCGGAAAAUGAUUAUUGGUCAGAUUGGAGUUCAGCUACAAUUAAAACCAAAGCCUGUCGACCAUUCCAAGCUCCUGCAACACUCCCUGGAGCAUAUAGUCUGCGAGAAAUAACAGGAAGUUUUGCUACUGUUGAUGUUUUUUGGCUAAAAAUUCCUCAGUACCUGCACAAUGGUGGAAGGUUCCGAUACGACGUGUCGGCAAUCGACAAAUCCGGUACAAGAUAUCUUCCUUCGUCGGUGAGCAACGAAACUGCUACUUUUCAUCAUUUAAAACUGGAUUACUACCGAGUUGAAAUAACCUGCCAAAACGUGGAAGGACCGGCCGACGGCGUAAGUGUGAUAGAAAUAUAUCCUCCAGCGGAAGAUCUUAAGCCAACAAUUAAAAGGAUAUUACUACUUGAUGACUAUCAACUCUCGUGGUAUCCCGUACCACAAAUAGAUAAACUACUCAACUACACUAUAGUUUACUGUAAUUUCACCGCCACUGGUACAUGUCGAGAUGGUGUACAAUUCGCAACGGUUUCAGCAUCGGAAACAGUUUUCCAUAUCUCUUCAAAACAAGUGCUGAACUUCGCAAUAGCAGCCAACUACAGGGACCAUUCAUCGGACCUCUCGUGGCAAAAGUGUGUCGUAUCCGGUGACACGGGUAUUGGGCAACCCAAAUUCAGUGUUACCGACAUGACGAUGGAUUCCUUCGUUAUUCGCAUUGAUGACUCCUGUACGGAUCGAUCUCUCGUCGAGCGUUACGAGAUUACCGUGUCAACAAAAGUACCAGUCACCCUGGGGCGCAGUUUCUUCUUAGAGCCGUAUAUAUCAGUCGUUACUAUAGAUGGGCUCAGUUCUGCCACUGAAUACAGGGUGCUAGUGACGGCAUUCCACGAAUCAGGAUCUCCUCAGCACAAAAAAGCUGUUGUGCGAACGGCACAAAAUGGAAGCCUUUGGCAGUCGAUAUUAUACGCUUUAGGUGGACUAGUUAUAUUAAUAGCAGUCUGCAUACAUGCAUCACGUAAGGUAAAAAAGAUGAUGAAUAUCAAGGUCGAUAUUCCGCUUGGACUGGUUGGAAUCGACGAUUCCAGGACUGUCGCAAUACCCAACGAUCACCGAGAGAAAGUGGAUUCAAACCACAUUGUAAGCGAACAGGAAGUACCGUCUGUAGUACCGGCUCAGCGCAAACUAGACGAAAACUCAAACCUGCCCAUUUUAGCACAGUUGUCUGCAACUUCGAAUAAUCUCGAGCGACUCCGGAAAACUGUGCACACGGCAACAGAUAAUUUGUACAUAUCACCCGAGCAGAUGACACCUUCACCGGUGAAAAAACCUAAAGAAAAUCAGUUCAGUGCCAUUUCUACAGCAUCGUCGGGAUAUGUGGACCUGAACCAAAUAGUCAAGAGCCAAGACAAUCGGUCAAUCGUUAUGUGAUAAACUGUAAAACAAGAGUAGAAAAUCGAUUGGAAUUGUUGAUCUGUUUCAUACACUUGGAACAUUUCUUUUAAACACUUUUUAGGCAAGGUUUAAUGACAAUAAAACUAAUAUUGAUUAUUUCAGUA